CUAUAUAAGCAAGGAGUCGCCAGGGUGACCUACCGUUUGGCUCACCCGCAGCACUGCACCCAGUUGUUCAGCGCGGUCCAACUCACAGGGUACAGUACCGCCUUUCUCCCCUACGAUAUCAUGGCGGCCGCCGCCUUUCUGUUCGGGGUGGCGGUGCAGGCAGCGCUCUCUGCCGCCUCCAGACCCUGUUCACCGGACAGCUUCCGCGAUGCGCUCCCGCCGUCCGCCAGCGUUCUCUCAGCUGUCUCUGUUGCCAAUGGCGGCCAAUUCGGUGAAGGUGCUGCGAACCUCCCAUAUCCCACCUCUCCCACCAACUUGCCCGAGUUGUGCGCCGUCAUUGUCAACGUCUCGAGUUCGGCCAUCUCCAACUACCGCUUCGGUCUUUUCCUCCCUACCCAGUGGAACUCGAGGUUCCUGGCAGUGGGUAAUGGAGGUUUCGCGGGGGGUAUCAACUGGCUUGACAUGGGAGCUGGGGUACGCUACGGCCAUGCCGUCGUCUCGACUGACACGGGCCACAACUCUACCAGCGGCGACUUGACCUGGGCCCUGAAUAAUGAGGAGAGAAAGAUCGACUUUGGCUAUCGCGCCAUGCACGGUUCGGUCACGCUGGGCAAGAAGCUGGUUGAGGCUUACUACGAGAAGAAGAUCACGUACUCGUACUACUCUGGUGCCUCGACCGGCGGGCGGCAGGGCUUGAAGGAGGCCCAGAUCUCCCCAGACAGUUUUGACGGCCUCGUUGUCGGUGCCCCUGCUUGGUACACCAGCCAUUUGCAAACGUGGUCCACAAGGGUUGGCGUGCGCAACCUCCCUGUAUCGGAUAAGAAGCAUGUCAAUGCCUCGCUCUUCAGCGUCAUUGGCGAGGAAGUCAUCCGCCAGUGCGACGGGAAGGAUGGCCUGAAAGAUGGCAUUGUCAGCCGCCCUGACAAAUGCAACUUCAGCCUUAAACCUUUGCUCUGCAGCUCACGAGGGGCCAACAAAUCAGCGUGUCUAACCAAGGAGCAGGCGGAAACGGUGCAAAGCUUCUACGGCGACUACUAUGCUGAAGGGAAAUUCGCUUUCCCGGGACUCGAACUCAGCUCUGAAUCUCAAUGGGCUUUCCUUCUGGGCGGGUCCGCCCCCAGCAGCUACGGAGACGGCUAUAUCCAAUAUUUCCUGUACAACGACCCGAGCUGGCACUGGGAGCAAUUCAAUGACAGCAUCGUAUGGCAGGCAGACGCAGCAGAUCCGGGAAACUGCACGGCCGACGACUACGAUAUGACUGCAGUCAAGGAGAGCGGGGCCAAAAUUCUCUUGUAUCACGGCAUGGCCGACGCCCUAAUCCCACAGCGCAGCUCCGACGUCCUGUACGAGCGCAUAGCGGCGUCUAUGGGUGGUGUUGGGGCUUUACAGAGCUGGUUUCGAUACUUUUUGGUUCCCGGCAUGCAGCACGUUACCGGCACUGCGGUAGACGCGCCGUGGUAUUUUGCCGGCCCGAACUCGCAGGCGCGGCUGGGCACUGCAGUCUACUCUACGCCGGGAUUUGAAGACGCCCGGCAUGACGCGUUGCUCGCCAUGAUGGCGUGGGUUGAGAACGGCACUGCAAUCGACGAGCUGGUUGCCACGACGUGGAAGGAUUCUUCGGAUCCGAGUUCAGGGGUACUUAGACAACGGCCUAUCUGCCCCUACCCAAAACGGCAGACAUAUAGGGGCAGGGGGAAUCCGGAUGUGCCCGAGAGUUUCUUUUGCAAAUGAUGGACAACAUUUACCGUGUAGUUUAUCUGGCCAGGCAGGCUCAGAGGUUCUAUCCGGUGGGAUGUCGCAGGGCCAGAUUCACCCACUUGGCAUUUAUUUGUACACUCAUACCUCGGUAUGUAAAAAUGUAGGUACUAUACGUAUGUAACAUAUGCAAUCAACGAUGUUUCCGAAA